AUGUCAUCUGUCCAGGACCAAGAGAUGGACCGAGAGACCUUCCUGGCUGCUAUUGAUGCUGCCAUGGCUCCUCUCAAGGCCCCCGACCCGGCUGAGGCCGCGAAGGAUGCCGAGAGCGCCGGCAAGGUCAAGUCCAAGAAGAAAAAGGGCAAGCGCAAGGGCAAGAGCGCUGCUGCUCGCGGCGAGACUGCCCUUCACAAGUCUCGCGGAACCGGAUUCGAAGAGUACUACGCCGACCCUCCCAUCACCCCCCAAGAGCACGUCGACGAGCAGAAGCUCUAUUCUGCCGUCAAUCCGUUCCAUGAGCGCAUCGAAGAGUGUAUCCAGCGCUUUCGCGCACGUCGUAGGCUGGAUAAUCUACGAACCAUGCUCUUCACGAACUACCUGAUGAUAGGCGGUAUCAACUCGAGUCCGCGCCAGUUCACUGGCGUCGCCGACAUGAACGACCAGGAGCUCGAGGAUGUCACCAGCAGUGAUAUGCGGGCCUACACUGCCACUGAUGUUAUUGAUCGAUCGGGCACCAGCUCGUUCAGCCGCUUCUACCGCGUUGACGAACCGGACAACUGGGAUGUUGAUUUCAGCGGCGUUGCUGCCGGCUUCUUCUCCGACAGUCUCCCCAAGCUAUGCAGCUAUGAUCUUCGUGAGUAUGCGUCUGGUCUCGAGGUCGUCCACAACUUCCUCACAUACGUCCUCGCCCACGAUGUCUGCCCGGAAUUCAACGACGACGUCGAGAAAGCUCGCCAGCUUUGCCAUCAGGCAGCCGCCGAGUAUCCGCAGGUUUGUGCGGCACGCACUUUCCUCCCGGGCCUGUUCAACAAGGCUUGCGGAAAGCUGUUUUCCAAGACGAGCGACAAUCAGGCCGUAUCUUCCAUCUAUAGACACCAAGAGUGGCUGGACGACGACGAUCUUGACGCAGAGCGCAUCUUCAAGGCUACGAUUGCCCUGCUGGACGAGUUCAAGGACUCCAAGAUCCUCAAGAAGGCGAGGGAUGUCAAUGAUAUCCACAUCACCGAGACUGUUUCCAUGGACCUGGAGAUCACGGAGAUCCGCAUGCCCUCUGUCGAGCUCGACAAUCUCUUCGUCGGCGUCAAAGAUCGCGACGGCAAGACUGGCAAUAUGCCCUCCAUGGGCUUCGCCACGAUGCGUCAGUGCGUCAUCGAGACCGCGUGGGACAAUCCCAAGCCCACAGAGGAGGAGUUGCGCGGCCGGCCCUCCGAGACGUUCAUCUUUGAUGCCGACACUCUGUCUGCACUCCAGGUUGGCUUCAAGCUGGAGGCUCUGGUGUGCCGGCUCGAUGAUGGCGAGCUCAGCUUCAUUGCCAGCUUGGGUGACGUCCUGCCUUCUUUCUACACCUUUCUGCCGCAGACACUCAUGCUUCACUUCAAGGAGCCCCUUCCCAACGAGCGGCCGGCGCCUUCAGUCGAGGAUCCCGAAGUUGAGGAGGAUGGUGGUGAGAUGGAGGACCUCGAAAAGGAGUUUGGAGAAGCUGGUGUUGGCGAGGUCGAGGCCAAGAAGCCUGUCCCUGGAUUGAAGGACAUUCUUUGA